AUGGACACUAGACCUAAAGAAGAAAUCGGACUUUUGGUUUCUAACGUUUUAGCUUCUGCGCAUGCUGAAAAUGUUCGGAAAAACUCUAAACACAAUAAUCGAUAUGGAAAGCUUAUAAAUACUUUUGAAGUUCAAUAUGUUGAAUGGAAGAAUCGAAAAAGUAUUGACGAUAAUUUGAAAAACGAAAAGAUCAAUCGCUUACCAGAGUUACGAUUAGGACCUCCAGAAGGCUUAACUAAGAAAGCUUAUUGUUGUUUAUGGGUCGAACGUGGAUGUAUAGUUUGUAAAAAACCUAGAAGUCUAUACAUUAAUCUAUCAGAAAUAAAUAUAAGACCAUUUCAUCUUCCAAAG